GACCCUCCUACCACUAACUCAAGUCUCAUCUUUCUCUCUAAAAACCACGCCCUCUUUUAUGAGCCGUCAUACGAUGAUGGUAAUUGCUUAUUAUUCUAUACUGGGGAUCGUACUGAUAUUAAUUUCUGGAGUAUAAUAUCAAGAAUAAAGUUGAUUACUAGUAAUGUUACUAUACAGUCAGCAUCAUUGAUUGAUGGGGGUAAUGCCAUCGACUUUAUGACGUUCCAAUUAGAAGAUACAUCCAUAAAAUACUGUACUUGCGUCUGGUGGAGGGUGUGUCUCUCUGAUCGUCUUGGGUCUGGUAAUAUUGAAGUUGUUUCUCAGACCCAGCUGUGUAGAUUCAGAGCGACCACUGUACCGUUAUACAGUGAAUAUAUCAAUGAAUGCUUACUAUUGGUAUCAGAAUCAGCACCAGGAAUAGAUAGAGAAGAGAAGAAGGUGAAUGAAGACAAGGAAAGUGAUGGGAACACCAAUCAAGAUACAAUGGAGUAUAAUACCGGCUGGAAUCAAUCAAGCACUGAUAUCAAUAUUAGUAUAAUGAUACCAGAAGAUGUUAAUAAAUCAGAUAUAGUAUGUAUAAUGGAGAGUACCAGUAUCAGUGUUGGUUUAAGUGAUGGUACAACAUACAUUAGAGGAGAUUUAUUAUACAAUAUUGAUGAAUGUACUAGCACCUGGACCUACUCUAAAGGAAAAUUGGAUAUUACAUUGGAGAAGAUGGCUGAUGGUGUUGAAUGGAGUUCAUUAUUUAAAGAUGGUUCGUUACCACCAUUAGAUGAUGAGUCAAAAGAAAUGAAGAGAAAAAGAUCUACUCUUGUAGGAGGUGAUUGUGGUUCUCCUUCAAAAUAUUCCAAGCAAUCACUGAUUACCAAUAGUUUGGAAGAAUGUGAUACAGAUGAUGAUCAGGAUAUUAAUGUGUAUCUAAUCAAUAACAAUGGAUUCAUUGUACAAAAG